AGGAUGAGCAGUAGGAGUGGAGGUGAAGGAGAACUAGAAAGAAGAUUAGAUUAGGAGGGCUCUAUCAUGGCACAUGGAAGGCACGUCAGACCUGGAGGGCGUGGAGGAGGAAGAAGAUAUGAGCAGGUGGAGGAGAAGGAGACGGUACUGUACAUGGAGGGGGAGGCGGGUUUCGUUGUACCACGUAGCCGACGUGCUCGGGUAGGAGCAGAGGGGAAGAAGGAGCAGAAGAAGAAAAAGAAGAUAGUGAUUAAGAAGAAAGGAGGCGGUGCGCGCCAUGCGGUGUGGCGGGAGUCUCCGAUUUUGCGGGAGGGGAAGGCGGUGUGGCACGACUUACACCAUGGCAGCGCCCGUCCCUUCUGCUUCAGAUAUGUGCGGUCGAUCAGCCAGUCGUUGGUGGGUAGGCAACGGUGUUCUAUCUGCCAUUGUAGCGAGGCCAUCUUCGCCGGCCUGGACUUUGUGGUGGAGAACCAUCGGAUAGAACGAAUUGCUUCAAUUCCUAUAUUCAGAGCCAGGUUCAUGCGAAUUCAGACAAGGAGAACAAACACGGGCCAAGGGAGCGACUGCGCUCAAAAGGGAAGUCGCGGCCAUGGAACGACCAGCCUGGCUUCAGCGGCGACCGCGAGCAGAAAAGCAAUGAGCGGAGACGACUACCAGCAGCGUGAUGACCACCACGGUCCACAACAUCGGGAAGAGCGCUUUGUGAGUAUUCAAUUCUCCUGCAUCCUCAACCUUCCUGGGGGUGGGGAGGGGGUCUCGAAUGGCGAAACGGUGAGAAUGGGGGGAAGAGAACUGGGAUUUGACGAGGUUGAUGAGCGAAAGUUGUUGAUGGCGGUGGAUGGAUGGGGAUAGUGGGUCUAGGUAGAGUUUUAGGGCCGGUGGGUAAACGUCUGUGUUACUGUUAUGGAAUCAGUAGAUGCUAUCGUGUUGUAGAGUGACUCUUGUGUCAGAAAAGUAUGGUGUAGAUCUCACUUGUCAAUUCCAAUGAAAAUGUUGGUGUGUC